AUGCCUUCUCCAUUAGGUGCUCAUGUUACUCAUAUCUUGUUGGCAGAAUUCGAUAUCGAUAAAGGAUCUUCAUUAGCACAUCAAUAUCCUGAAGCCACCGGUACAGAUGAACAUUUAUUAGCAGAGUUAAUGUUACCAGAUGGUGCGCAUUUACGCACAGAAGAUUGGACAGUAUUCUUUUUAAAUCAAACCAUUCCUGAUCCAGAUAAGAUAUCAAUUGACAAUGAUACCAAUUCUGGUAGGCUUAAUGAUGAUAAUAACGAAACCCCAUUAUUAUAUGCGUUAAAUCUGGUUAGAACGAAGCAUGUUAAAGAGGCCAGAAGAGGUGCUAUUGUGAAGGCUAUGGCUAUAUGUACAAGGCAUCAAUAUUUACAUAUUUACAAGCCGGUUUUAUUAAUAGCAUUAGAAAAUUAUUUUCAAAAUCCAUCAGUAGAAUGUUUAGCAUCAUUAUAUGAAGCGGUAAAUUCCAUGAAUGUGACAAAUAUGCCUAAAUUCUCGACACAUGAAAAAGCCAUACUGCGCGCUUCAGAGAAUAAAGAUAUGUUUGAAGAAAAGUUCGAUUAUGAAAAUUGUAAAAAACAGCAAGAUAAUGAGAAUACAGGAAAAGGUUUAGGAAUAGUUAAUAAUGCUGAAGGUGGCGAGGCCGGAACAGAUAAUGCCACAAGCGAUGACGCAAAUUUUAAGAGAGCAACUUAUGUAGAUUUAAUACCAAAUUUAAAUAAAAAUAAGGAUAGGCAUUUUUAUGAGACUAAAGUUGAGUAUGGAAUAAAGUUGCCUAUCCGCGUGCCUUUAACUGUCAAUCCUGAAGAAGUUGGCGAUUUCUCCUUGAUUAAGUUGAUUACAACAUUCUCACCAUCAUCGCCACAACCAUUUAAUCAUGCAUUUCAUCCACAUUUGGACUCAAGUGGUAAUCAAACGCAUCCAAUAAUUUUAUUGUUGAAUGCGUUGUUGACGCAAAAACGCAUAAUAUUUUUGGGCCAAGGGCAUCCUUCGGGGGAUGUGGCGAACUAUGUGCUGUCAGCCUGCGCUAUGGGAAGUGGUAGCGGAGGCGUGUUGAGAGGAUUUACGGAGCGUGCAUUUCCAUACACCAACUUGACGAAUGUCGAUGAUUUAUUAAAAGUUCCUGGAUUUAUUGCGGGAGUAACGAAUAGAAUUUUUGAGGAUCACAGUUUAUGGUGGGAUGUGUUAUGUAACAUUGAUACAGGAAAGAUUACAGUUAGUAAAGAUAUUGCGACACCUUCAUAUGGUACAAAACCUGACGAAAGGCCUGAAGACGGGUCAAGGUCACCUUCUUCGAGCAAAACAGAAUCUUGGGGAAGAGAAAAAUGGGAUACCACUGAUAAUGAAUUUAUGGCAGAGGUGAUGCAUGCAAUCCAACAUCAUUAUGGAGAAACGACCAUUAGAGGGAAAUUUCAAGAGUACGUACAAAGAUUUGUAAGGUUAACAGCUUUGUAUGAAAUUGAGGCUUUUGGGUCAACAAAAAUUGGCAUGAUGGCACAAGAUACAGAUCAUGGUGAUAUAUUGGGUACGGGAUUAGCAUUUCAAGAUGAGAAUUCAAAAUUACGUGAAGUAGCUGCUAAUGUUAAUAGAAUUGAAGGCUGGAGACAAACUAUUUCUUACAAAUAUUAUCAGUUGGAUUUUCAGAAUUAUUUAAAAGUCAGAAGUAUAAAAGCUAUAGAUGUUUACCACCAAGUUGCUAAAUUGAAGAAUCUAAAAAAUAUGCCUGAAGAGGAGGUAGAAUGUUUAUAUAAGGCUUUUGUUACUAACGUUUUAACUAAUGAACAGAUAAUCGAGUUUUUGUCGUAUUUACCACAAAAUCAAGGGGGAUUAUUUCCGAUUGGGUUGGGAUUAUUUUAUCCGCUUAAAACUGUAAGGAGCUACACGAUAGAAUUGUUUAAUAGAAUUAAUAAUCAUACCACUGGAAAUAAAUUUAUACAAAGUUUAAAUUUUUUCCAAAAACUUGCUUACGAAAGGCAGCUAGCUAAUCAAAAAGAAAAAGAGCAACAAAAUAAAUUAGCAAUGCAAAAACAUCAACAAAUGCAUAUGCAAGAAGAGACUGUUAACGAUGUUUAUAAUGUUGUUGUUGAUGAUGUUGAAGAUGAUGAUGCAAAUGACGAAAAUGAGAGUGAUAUUGGUUAA